AUGCACCUUUUGAUAAAUUCAUUGCAUUUCCUUCUCCCCUUUCAGGAAAUAUUACAUUUUUUUUUCUUUUCUUUCCCUCACUCUCAGGACCUGCAACUCUUUUUUUCCUUUCUUUCCCCUUCAAGACCUGUGUUUCUUUUUGCCUUUCUUUCCCUCCCUUUCAGGAUUCAUGUCUCUCUUCGCCUUUCUUUCCCUCCCUUUCAGGAUUCAUGUCUCUCUUCGCCUUUCUUUCCCUCCCUUUCAGGAUUCAUGUCUCUCUUCGCCUUUCUUUCCCUCUCUUUCAGGAUUCAUGUCUCUCUUCGUCUUUCUUUCACUCUCUUUCAGGAUUCAUGUCUCUCUUCGCUUUUCUUUUCCUCCCUUUCAGGAUUCAUGUCUCUCUUCGCCUUCCUUUCCCUCCCUUUUAGUACCUGUGUCUCUCUUCACCUUUCAUUCCCCCCACCUUUCAGGAUUCAUGUCUUUCUUCACCUUUCUUUCCCUCCUUUUCAGGAUUCAUUUCUCUUUUCAUCUUUCUUUCUCUCCUUUCAAUCUCUCUUUUUGAUCCUGUUUCUCUCUCCCCCCCCCCACUCAUACAGUUUCCAGAAUUUUUUAUCUUUCUUUAUCUCUCCUUAUUCUUUUUCAAAUAUUUCUUCUUUUCCCCGUUCAACUUAUAAAUAA